UCUUCAUCAUCUUUAAUGGUGAUUUGCCAAUCUUCUUCUUCUCCACACUGUUAAAAGCCAUCCUAUGUUCUCUGUUUCUUCUUCUCUGUGCUUUGUUUCUUCGUCGUCGUUUUUGUUUUUCGUACGUUCUAGACCACAAUGUUCGUUUUCUCCAUUGAUUUCUAAUCAAAGAAAGAGUGUUGCAGCUAGUUCAAGAUGAUAACAUCAACCAAUACAAUUCAUUUGAACCGCUUCCAAGUUCUCCAAGAAGAAAUGAGGCGAGCUUUAUCUCAGAAGAAUUCUUGGCCAGGACAUGGUUCUUACCCAACACAAGUUCCCAUCACCAGCAUACAGUUCAACACAGCUUAUGCAUCUAGCAUGGCUUUUGCUUCACUGUCUCCAAGCCGAGUUCUGCUGCCCCGCAUGAGUACAGCUCCAUUUUCACCCUUUCAACAGUUCCAUGGAUGUAGAGGAGAGAAGACACAUCUCUUCUGUAACUGAACAUAGUGGGAUAGGCAAUCACUGUAGUACUAACUCCUCGUCUGUGGGAAAAACUCAGAAGUCUCUUCAACGGGAAGCCGCUUAAAAAAAGUUCAGGAUGAACCGUAAGGAAUUUAAAAGAGUUUUAUCUUUCCAU